AGAAGACAGCUUGGGUUCAUGGUUUCUAAUAUUUCAGGCAGGAGCUCCCCUUAGUGAGUCCUUCUUUUCCAGACUGCAACUCUUUUCGUUUUGCCAUCCUUUUCCAGCUCCAUGAUGGUUCUGCCAGUUUCUGGGGCCCCCCGGACAGUGACUCUGACAGCGUUACUGAUGGUGCUGCUCACAUCUGUGGUCCAGGGCAGGGCCACUCCAGAGAAUUACGUGUACCAGAGACGGUUUGAAUGCUAUACGUUUAACGGGACACAGCGCCUCCUGGACAGAUCCAUCUACAACCAGGAGGAGUGCGUGCGCUUCGACAGCGAUCUGGGGGAGUACCGGGCAGUGACGGAGCUGGGACGGCAUGCUGCUGAGCGCUGGAACAGACAGGACAACCUGGAGCGGGAGCGGGCCGAGGUGGACAGGGUGUGCAGACACAACUAUGAGCUGGACGAGGCCGUGGCCCUGAAGCGCCGAGUCCAGCCGAGGGUGAACGUCUCCCCCUCCAAGAAGGGGCCCUUACAGCACCACAACCUGCUCGUCUGCCAUGUGACAGAUUUCUACCCAGGCAGCAUUCAAGUCCGAUGGUUCCUGAAUGGACAGGAGGAAACAGCUGGGGUCGUGUCCACCAACCUCAUCCGUAAUGGAGACUGGACCUUCCAGAUCCUGGUGAUGCUGGAAAUGACCCCCCAGCAGGGAGACGUCUACACCUGCCAAGUGGAGCACCCCAGCCUGGACAGUCCUGUCACCGUGGAGUGGAAGGCACAGUCUGAUUCUGCCCGGAAUAAGACGCUGUCAGGAGCUGGGGGCUUCGUGCUGGGGCUCAUCAUCUGUGGAGUGGGCAUCUUCAUGCACAGGAGGAGCAAGAAAGUUCAACGAGGAUCUGUAUAAACAGCAUUCCUGACCUCAUCAAAAGGACUAAUGUGCCUUGGAACAAGCAUUUUCUGUGUUUCGUUAGCACCACUCACUGGUACUGGGACAGACCCCCAGCUUCCCAAAGGAUGCAGCUGCCAAGAAGUUGCUCUGAAGCCAGUUUCUGUCAUUCAGCUAUUUGAUUUGAUGCACAGUUUCUUGAACUGGGCCUCCAACCAUGUUCCUUUCUUCUCAGUGCCAUAAAUAAUCAAAACCCAACAUGAGUGUUUAUUUUCUUUUAAAAAUAUGCA